UUGGAAGGUCACAGAAACUUCCACUACGAACGUUCGCCGGUUUUCCAGUUUUCAACCUGCAGAGCCAACCGGAAUACGCCCACCGUUUCGAAUCCCUUUCUCUCUACACUUUUAACUCUCUGCCGUUUGAUUACCGAGAAAGCCCUGCAAAGACGAAAGGCAUACAUUGUGAUUCUUUACUCUCUUCUUCUCUUCUUGUAUGCAUCAUUUUCUCAGAAACCAAAUUGUCGAUUUUUAGAGUUGCCACUUGAAUAUUACUUGAACCAGUGAUGGCGAAUACUGUGGUUGACGAGAAUCGGCGACGGAUCCCAUGGGUUUGGCACGCUGGCGCUCUCAUCGCCAUCUUCUUGGCCGUCGCACUAGCUUAUAGAGGUGCGUCGACGAUUGGUGUCUUCGAUUCAAGGGGCGACCGAUGCCACUGUGGUUCGGAUACACAUAUGCAAAAUGGGAUAGUGGAGGACUGUUGCUGUGAUUACGAGACGGUAGACCAUCUUAAUGAGGAAGUCUUGAGCAUCUUGCUCCAAGAGCUGGUUAAAACCCAAUUUUUCCGGUAUUUCAAGGUUAAGUUAUGGUGUGACUGCCCUUUCUGGCCAGAUGAUGGUAUGUGCCGUUUGCGGGAUUGCAGUGUCUGUGAAUGUCCAGAAAAUGAGUUUCCGGAACCAUUUAAAAGGUCCUUCAAUCAUGGCCUUUCAUCAGAUGAUGUUGCUUGUCAAGAGGGAAAGCCAGAGGCUGUUGUUGACCGCACUAUAGAUUCCAAAGCUUUCAAAGGCUGGAUAGAAGUAGACAAUCCAUGGACACAUGAUGAUGAGACAGACAAUGCUGAGAUGACAUACGUCAAUCUUCAACUGAAUCCAGAACGGUACACUGGCUAUACUGGUCCCUCAGCUAGAAAAAUAUGGGAUGCUAUUUAUACAGAGAACUGUCCCAAAUAUCCAUCUGGAGAGUUCUGCCAAGAGAAAAAUAUAUUGUACAAAUUGAUAUCAGGCCUUCACUCAUCCAUUUCCAUUCAUAUUGCUGCUGAUUAUCUACUUGAUGAAGCAAAAAACUUGUGGGGUCAAAAUCUUUCAUUGAUGUAUGAUCGAGUCUUGAGAUAUCCAGAUCGUGUCAGCAACUUGUACUUCACUUUUCUGUUUGUUCUGCGUGCUGUGACAAAAGCUGCAGAUUACUUGGAGAAGGCAGAGUAUGACACAGGUAACCCUGAGGAGGACCUCAAAGCACAGUCCUUGAUGAGGCAGCUACUCUAUCAUCCCAAAUUACAAGCAGCAUGCCCAAUCCCUUUUGAUGAAGCCAAAUUGUGGAAAGGCGAAAGGGGACCUGAACUGAAGCAACAAAUACAAAGACAAUUCAGAAACAUUAGUGUAAUAAUGGACUGUGUGGGAUGUGAGAAGUGUCGUCUUUGGGGAAAGCUUCAGGUUCUUGGGCUUGGUACUGCAUUGAAAAUCCUUUUCUCUGUCAAUGGACAAGAGAAUUUGGCUCAAACUUUAGAGUUGCAGCGCAACGAAGUGAUUGCCCUGAUGAACCUUCUAAACCGGCUUUCAGAAUCAGUUGAUUUUGUCCAACAGAAGGGGCCUUCGGCAAGAAGAAUAGCAAAACCACUAUCAAGGCUAUGGGUGAAUCUACUCGGACAGAAGUGACAUUCCUUCUUUAAUGCGUCUUUUUAUGUUAGAUAGCUGCAGCUUACAAGGUUUUGCCUUUGUUUCCAAGAAUCUUUACUUACUGGUAAGAGGAAGUAAAUAUAUAUAUGCUUUUGCACAGCCGAUUUACCUGCCAGAA